AUGUGCACCCCUACCGUAUUUGUCAGUGGAGCGACAGGUUGCCAGGGAGGUGCCGUCACCCGUUAUCUUCGAUCUAAAGACGUGCCCGUACGAGCCCUUGCCCGCGACCAUACUUCAGCCAAAGCCAAAGAACUCGACUCAAUUGGGGUGAAACUUAUUCCCGGAGACUAUGACAACCAGGAUGCACUCGAGGAAGCCAUGCAAUGCUGUACAGCUCUCUUUCUGGUCCUCAUGCCGGAUUUCACAGACCUCACUGCGGAAAAGCGAUGGGCUACCAACAUCUUCAACGCUGCCAGAGCAGCUGGCGUUAAGCAUGCCAUCUACUCAAGUGGUUUCGGCGCAGAUAAUCCAAACAACUUGACGUUGUUAGAGACAGGGAGUUUUGUGGAUACAGUCAUGCGAAAUAAGAACGCCAUUGAGGAGAAGACCCGUAACGCGGGCUUCGAAUACUGGACGAUCUUGCGUCCUGGUUUCUUCAUGGCCAACUUUGUCGAGCCGUUUGUCAAGAUGUAUCCUCGUCUCGUUGAUGAAGGAGUUUGGGCGACUGCUCUCACUCCUGCGACCAUUCUGCCCCUGACUGAUACUGUCACUAUUGGGAGGGUCGACGGCGAAGCUUUUCUGGAUCCGAAGCGGUUCCACGAAAAGGAGAUUACGUAUGCUGACGACUGGCUUGAUCCAGAGACCAUUCUGCACUCCCUGUCCCAAGCAACAGGCAGGGAGCUCACAGCCGAAUACCUUUCAGAUGAAGAUGUUGAGAAACAGAAACCUGCCAAUCCCUUCAUUGCUGGUCAACUUUGUAUGCGAGAUAUGGCCAAGUUGGCAACGAAAGAGGCGACAGAAACAUGGCGAAUUCCUCUAAGCACCCUUGAUCACUUUUUAGGAAGAGAGAAGGAAGUUGUCCACGAGACUUACCGCUAG